AAAUCUUUUGAGGUUAUUCCAUUUUAUAGCUGGUUUAUCACAGAAUUCUGCUGUAUUCAGUUCAACUAUACAUGCACUACUGACCACACACUCUCCUCCAUUUCUCAAGAUCUGGGUUCAAACUCGAAAAAGUUUGGGUUAAUUUCUUAAAGUUAUAUUAUCUUGCUUAACAACUUUCUUCUGGAUUAUGGCCAUGGCGAGUGCUUUUUCAGACAAUGGGCCGUCCUUUUUCACACUUCUGCACCAUCGACGGAUUCCUGCAGUCUUUAAGGGAAUGAUUGGAGAAAGAUAUCCUUGUGUUAUAUAUUUGAAGGUGUCAUCUGGUCCUUGGUUUAAGAUUGUUGUCUGUGAUGACGACAAUGAAAAAAUGGCUAUGAAAGAAGGUCUGAAGGGUUUUUUGCUGUCAAAUAACAUAACUAUGAGCAACUUCCUAGUUUUCUGUUUUGAUGGAGUCUCGAGCUUCCAUGUUCAAGUUUUCGAACCUUCGGGAUUGGAGAGGGUGCCAGAGAAUAAAGAACAGCUUGAAACUAUUGGUACUCCUAAUGGAAAAAGGAAGCCAGGAAGGCCAAGAAAAUAUGGCAAGGAUAAUCAUGUGCUGCGGGGCAAGAAAGAACAACAAUAUCAAGAUUAUGGAAAAGAGCCAAGCAAGAAAAUCCCAGCAUUCUUUAAAGCAUUCAUAACUGAAGAAGCCCACCGAAGACUGAACAUUCCUUUGGCUUUCACAGAAUAUUUGGAAGGAAAGAUAGCACAUACUGCAUUUCUGAGGAAUCGUAAGAGUUAUGUUUGGACUGUAACAACAACCAAAAGCAGAAAUCAGUACUCUUUUGACAAUGGUUGGCCAGAGUUUGUGGAACAGAAUGAUGUCCACCUUGGAGAUUUCUUGGUUUUCCAAUACGAUGGUAAAUGCACGUUCGACUUUAAGCACUUUGGCACUAGUAUGUGCGAGAAGGAAGCGAAAAUUUUAAGUUUUAAAAUAGAGGAGGAAUAUGGAGAAGGUUUUGACAGAGAAGCAGAAACUUCUGAGAAAAAGUAUGCUGAUUCUGACAAUUCUUUUAGUGAUGUCAAUGAUGAAAAUGAUGGUGAUGAGGACGAUGAAGGUGACAAUGAUGUGGUGUUGGAGGAUGAGAAGGAUGUUGGUGAGGAUGCUGGUUAUGACUACGAUGAUGAUAACUUUGAUGGCGACGAAGAUGUGGAAGGAGAAGAUGUCGAUGAGGAGGUAUCUGUCAAGGAUGUUGAAACAAAUGAAGAAGAUGCCAUUUUUAAAUCUGGAAUAGUUGAGAGGCCUAAGAAUCCUUAUUUUGUUGCAAAGAUCCUUCCAUCUCGUCGUAGUGAUUUGUUUGUUCCCUCCGAUGUGAUCAAAGAUUUCAACCUCAAACUUCCAAAAGAUCUUUGUAUAUUUGUCAAACACGGGAGGAGAUGGAAGACAGAGGUAAAAGUUUGGAAGGAUGGCAGAACAGUGCUUUCUAAAGGAUGGAGGCCGAUUUGCAAGUGGAACAAUCUGCAGCUAGACGACAGGUGCAUUUGUGAAUUUGUUCCAGGAGAUGGCGAAGAAGGCCUUUUUCUGCAGAUGACUAUCGUAAGGGCUGGAUCAUGGUAGUCAAGAAAUGAAGAUGAGGAGGAACUAGCACUUUGUGUAGGGAAGACUAAGUUUUUAAAGCUUUUAGUAGUUUUGGAUUACAUGUAUGCUGUCAUGACAAGUAAUUACUUCAUCAGAUUUGUCAUUUUAAUCAAGUUCCAGAGAUAAGAUCAUUAAAGC